AUGGCAGGAAAUAUUGAGCAACACAUACAGAACACUUUACUUCAAGCUACCAAGGUAGUGGAGGAGCAAGUGGAUUCAGAGCUUGAGAAACUCGAUCGUAUGACCACUGAUGAAAUGGAAGAACUUCGCGAAAAACGGUUGGAGCAGCUGAAAAAGUACGAAGAACAGAAACGGGAGUGGCUUCACAAAGGGCACGGCCAAUACAACGAAGUUGCCAGUGAUAAAGAGUUCUUUGCUGAAGCAAAGGACAGUCCAAGGCUAGUGUGUCACUUUUACCGUGACAGCACAUUUCGUUGUAAAAUCGUCGACAAGCAUUUGUCCAUCUUGGCGCCAAAACAUCUCGAGACAAAAUUUCUGAAAGUGAACGCAGAGCGCUGCCGUUUCCUGGUCCAAAAACGAGACGUUCGUGUCCUCCCGACUAUUGAGUUGUUUAAAGAUGGGAAAUUUGUCGAUCGCAUUGUAGGCUUUGAUGAUUUGGGUGGAAAAGAUGAUUUCAGUACUGAGAUGAUGGAAUGGAGAAUUGCCCAAUCUGGUGUAAUAAAUUACAGUGGAGAUCUCAGUGUACGACCGGAUCAAGCCACCAAGAAAAGUACCACCACGAUACUGAAGAAAUCCAUUAGAAGCCGCAGAGAUUUAGAUGAUGACGAAGAUUCGGAAGAUGAUGACUAA